GAACUUCUUUCAAUCCGGCCAAUGCAGGCUGCAAUUUUGAGGAAGACUUGUGCAAUUUUUACCAAGAUGACAAAGAUGGCCCAGGAUGGAGCAGAGUGAAAGUGAAGCGUAAUGUGUAUAGAGCAGGAGACCACACUACUGGGUUUGGUUAUUACUUGUUGGCAAACACAAAGUUUACAUCACAGCCUGGGUACAUUGGACGUCUGUAUGGCCCAAUCCUGCCAGGAAACUUACAGUUUUGUCUGCGUUUUUAUUAUGCCUUGUAUGGGUUUUUCAAAAUGAGUGGCACUCUUGCAGUUUAUAUCUUUGAGGAGAAUCAUGUUGUUCAAGAGAAAAUCUGGUCUGUCUUGGACUCUCCAAAGGGUGUUUGGACUCAAGCUGAAAUCUCCUUCAAAAAGCCUAUGCCUUGCAAGGUUGUCUUUGUCAGCUGGUGUAAAAGCUUCUGGGACUGUGGACUUGUGGCACUGGAUGAUAUAUCAUUGAGCCUGGGAAGCUGUCAGGUUGCUGAUCUAUUGCUGCCCAGUCCUGGAGAGUGUACUUUUGAAAAAGAUGAGUGUGUGUUUAUCCACAAGAAGAGAGGUCGUGGGAGCUGGCACAGGAGGAGGGGUCCAACUCCCACUUCUUACACUGGGCCAAAAGGAGACCACACUACUGGGGUAGGUGAGUUAAGCUCAGAACUGAACUUUCAGAACAGAGAUUCAUAGUUAAUCAAAAAUAAUUUGAAAUUAUAACCUAGAAGAUAAAGUUUUUACUCUUCUGUUCAGAAAAGUUACUAAUCAAAUCAAGUAAAUAUCUUUUGCAAGGACCCAUGAGAAUGUGUUUGGUCUGAAUUAUCUGUAGACCAGGUGGAUAAUUGUCU